AUGACCUCUUACUGGCCCGUCUCCCCCCGCAUUUUAGACAAGGAGAUCAGCUCAGAAUUAGAUGUUCACCCAAAAGUUUUCUCUGUUAAUUUAUAUAAAUUCUUUGAUUUCAGAUUUGGAAGAUUCACAGUGGCUGCUCUUCAGUCAAAGGUCGAACAGUAUGAACGUGAGAUGAAUCGUCUAAAAAGGGCGUUGGAGCGGAGUGACAAGUACAUCGAAGAUAUGGAGCUCCAGAUUGCGCAACUGAAGGGAAAGAGGGAAGAGAAGGAGAACGAGGUUGGAAAAUUCAGUCCAGAAUUGCCAUCUACUUCUCUGUUCGGUGGGGAAAAUAGAAGCAGUAGACCACUAUGGAAGUGUUCUGAUGAUACCAAGGAGAACAGGAUUGUAGCCAUGAGAAGAAGCCUCACAAAUAUCGAGCAGCCGUUAGUCAACCAGUUAGAUGGUGUCCUGUCAACUGCUUCUAACUUGGCUUAUCAGCAAAAUUUACGUGGCAGAAUGACCGAUUUGGCUCCAGUAAACAGGGUCCCGGCUGAUAAUGGACUUCUAACGACUGCUCCUGUUGAGGAUGAUGCUUCGUGUGUGUCCCAGAGGAAUAAUAAGAAGGAAGAAAGACACACUGCAGCUGCAGAUGAGAGUGAGAUACAAUUUGAACUUCCUAGUCCUUGCACUCCAUCCACAUCACUUGGUGCUCUACACCUUCAGAGUACAGAUGAUGAAGUAAGUCCCUUGAUGAAAAGGAGACAGGGAAGAAAGAGGUUGACUCACUUAAGAAAGCUUUGUUUUGACGAUGCUGGUUUGAGAAAUGUGUGCUCUGAAGAGCAAAAAGUAUUGAAUCCAAAGGUUGAUUGCAAUAUUGUGCCGAGUGCAGGAUGUGCCUCCAGCAGCCUGACAUUUUGGGAUAUGUGUCAAUCUCAUUCGACUGAAAGUAUCGAUAAAAGCACAGAAAAGAAAAGCUUGCAGACUUCUCAUGGUGAAGUAACCUUGGCCAAAGCAGAGACCAAAAUGCCAAAUUUAAUCAGUAGCCCAAGUGCGAGUGGAACUUGUUUCCCUCAAUGCGGCAACGUACGCUCAAGAACAUCCAGUGAGACCUCCAUGGAUGCAGCUUACCGAGAAAAGAUAUCUGAGCUGGACUUCAUGUUGGAUGAGUCGGAGCAUGUCCGAAAUGUUCCGUCCUCUCUGCUGUCUGAAGACUUCUCUGACCUUGACCUCUCUUUAACAGCGGACUUGGCACAGUGCACUGAACUUUUGAAUGAAGCUGAGAAAAGAUUAGAGCAGAAAAUGCAACAAAAACAGCCGCAGUCUCCUCCCUUGGAUACCAGGGACAUGAUUGCAAAUACUGAAGGGCAAAAUCUGGUUCCGUUGCCCGUAGAGCUUCCUGUUGCUUUAAACACUGCAGAAGAACCGUUGUCUUCAGUAGAGCAAACCUCUUUUCAGAGUAGUUUUAGUUCCCCUUUUCUUUCCGUAUCAUCUGACCUGUCCAAUUUGCAACAAAAGAAACCAUCUUUGUGGAACAGCUGUUUAACACCUGAAAGUGAAAAAUUGUUGGAUGCAACCAAUAGGUGCCAAGCAAGUAAAAGAAAACCACAGUGUUAUGGCGAAGAGUUAUCCAGUCCAUCUAAAUCACUGAAAAAAACCUUCUAAAUCGCAACUCUGUUUACAUUUUGAAACUAUCUGAUCAUUGUCAUAAUUUCUAACCUUUCUUAAGUAUCAUUUAGCACAGUUAAAAUGCACAGUGUAAGCAACAUUAAUGGGUAUAGAUUUUUGGUUGCUGCAUUCAACAGCCCAUGAUUUGCUACUUGUUUAAUGGGCAGAAAAGUAAAUGUUUCUGGGGAUUGCCUUGUUUGUCAACCACACAUUGCUAUGACUUGACUUUGUUUCUGAUGUCAUAUUUGUCUCACAAUAAAGUUACCUUGUUUUCAACUUUUAGGAGCCUACUAUGCAAGCAGAUCAGUCCCUCUUCCAUAGGUUUAAAAGUGGAUUACAAAUUACUUUAAUAUAUGAUGGAUCUGGAAGGUUGUUGCAGUAAAUGCAAUUAAAAAGAACAAAUGUGGUUGCAACAGCUUGGGUGAUGUACCUCAAAAAUAGUUGAGGAAAUAUAGAGGGAUAUCUAAAUGAUUUAAGAUGGCAUAAUUGUCCUUUAGCUCACUGUAGCUGGAAUGUAAAAUGAUGAGCAAAUGCUAAAGAUUGGCUGGGUAGAGGAGUGGAGAAUGAGCAUAUUAAUAAAAUUUUUGUGUUCAUUUAUUUUGUAUUUUGGAUUUAGAAAGCUACCCACAGUAUCACUUCAAGUUGGCAACUAAAAAUUACCAUUUUGUUUUAAAUUUGGUAAAGUUCCAAACAAAAUCUCCAUUGUGUGGGUCAAUCAGCUCUUUCAGAUGUAGCACCCAGUGGAGUUUUUGAUUUGAGAUGUGGAGCUUGACAGUGCUUAAUCUGCACCUCACACCUACCAGUGUGCUUCACAGAAUGUAAUUCUUAAAAGCAGUCAACAAUUGCAACACUAGGCUAAAUGAAGAGCAGCCUAUUGUUUCAAUUAUGCUGCAAGCAUCCUUCGUGUAUAGUUUUCAUUGAUAACAUGCAAAAUCUGUUGAAUCAUAUCAACUUUUCAGAGCAAAGAGAUUGAGGUUACUUCAUCCUUCAGUCAGUUGCUUGUGAAGUGCUAUUGAUGACGGUUAAAUGCAUCUGUGACCCAUCUGCUGAUGAUAGCUACAUGACUGCACAAAGCAAAGGAAGAGAAAUGGUUCUGCAAUGUAAGGAGACUUUUUUCAAUAAAAUAGAUUCUUUACAGCAGAGAAAUGAAUAAAAAAGUGAUCUCUUGCUAAAUUCUGUUUUCCCCCAGUGAAAUACGAAUGAAUGUGUUGCGAUACAGUCUGGGUUUUAUUUUUUGGUUUAUCUUUUAAACCAUCACAUGAAAAUACUUGAGAAGGGGGAAAAAGUUGUUUAAUUGCUGUUUGUCUUGUGCAUACAAAUAAAUGUUCAUUGACUUGA